AUGAAGCGCAACGAAGAAAUCAAAAUGGCAUCGUCAUUCGGAGCAAGUUUACACAGUGGAUACAAUCACCCUGCUACAAGGAGCUGGCAAAGCACGAACACGGAAAUUACCAGCAGUAAUUUAAUCUACCCUCUCUUUAUUUCGUAAGUACAAUGAAAUCGUGUCCAUUUAUUCAAUAAAAUUCACGUACAGGCUAAUCGAGGCAAGACAGCACAUGCACAAUGCUUGACAAUGCAAAAUCACGCUCUGUCACGAAAAGUCGUGUAGACGGAGGAGGUAUGGAAAUUCCUUGGUCAAGCCAUAUAUAUACUUAGAGAUCAGCCGUUAAUAAUAUUAAUAUGUAUAUUGCGUACCAAACAGUUUGAAAGUCGGAAGUAAUUGCACAACUGCAAUAAUAAAUUUACUAUGAAACUUACUGUUCUUAUAGAGACGAUGCUGAUGCACAUGAAGCAAUCUCAAGUCUUCCCGGGCAAUUUAGGUAUCUGAUAUAUUUGUAUUUCAUUCACUUUCUCUGCUUUUUAAGAAAUUAUUUCCAACUUUUCGUUCAUUGUGGCUUCCAAGCGGUGAUGGGUCGAAUUAUCGGGGCAACCCCAUCCCACGUAUUGAUGUAAAUAAAUUGAUUGUUUGAUUGAUUUGGAGAGAAUUCCAGUUCAUUUUUUUUAGCAUGAAAUAAAGAAAGAUUAAAGAUUCCUCCUCCUCCCAGCCCAUCAUGAAUAUUUUUGAAGAGCUUGUAGAAGCUAGAAUUGUUUGAAACAGAUUUCCCUAGUGGCACAAUCAAACAGACGCUCUACCCAGAUCUAGGUAGUGACACAUAAUCAGUGUGGAAUUCAUUUUACGUGCUUGUUUCUCAGGUGUCAUUUUGCGGGAGAGUCAAUGAUGGGGUCAUGAAAAAUAUAAUUUUUUAACUCAGGCUUUGGUUUGAGCUGGGGUUUUUCCCAAUUGAUGUUUUCAAGUUUUUGAGCUUGGAAAAUUUCCACUAUUGUUGUUCGUAUCAACCUCCUCUUCAGCCAUCAAUAGUUGUCAGAUAUCCUAUCACUUAAUAGAUUAGAUGGUUUGGAAAACCUUGUUAUGUUCUGAUACUAAUCCUAAUGGGUUAUUCCAAAAAAAAUCCACACCCCCACGACGGAAGGCACGGUUUUUUGUCCCCUCAUCCACCUGGAUUUCCAAAACUGCUUGAGCCCCCCUCCCCUCAGGAUUUCCAAGUUCGAAGACCUCCCCCCCCCCCACCCAUCUGGAUGUCCAUAAAAUUGUUAGAUGCCGUGAUUUUACUUUACACUCAAUGUAGAAGAAUCCUUUUAGGCACUUAGAUGAUCUUUUUAUUACAUAAGUUUCAAUUUUCCGUGAAUUCUGUGUUUGUUGCGAACGUUAAGAUUCCAUUUUCACAUCUUCUUCAACAGGCUUACGCUUGUUGCAAAUAAGCUCGUAUUUGAGUGGACUUCUCUUUUUUUCUAGAACAGGCAAAAUGUACAGCAAUAUAUACUACAAUAAAGCUCAAAACUAACUAUGUUCUUGAAUAUUGAAUGGUUCUCUUCUUUGUCGAUAAAAAAUAACUGCAAAAGAAAGAAAAAGGACACUUAGCGGGAUAUUACAUGACACGCUGUACCACUUGCCACAACACUUGCCUUUCAAAAUGGCCACCAAACAAUCACGAACAACCACGCUUACAAAAUGUACUUGUAAGGCCUAUUUAGUGGCAAAUCACCCUGAAAUAGCAUUAACCUUGGAAAAAUGUAUAAUUCGAGGUAAAAUAAUUGUUUGCUUUACUUGAACUGAGCGCUUUUUUAUGAAUUAUGUGGUUCUUCUUGAUAUCUUCAAGUUAUCACACGUCGUUUCUAUAAAAGUAACGAGGGUGAGCCUAUGGAUGGAAACUUAAAAUAAAUGUGGUAAGAGGUCUGUUAGUUUGAAAGAAUAAUAAAAUUUGAAAAGGCAAAGCAAUUUUUUAAAAACUUAUCAAGUGAAGCGAUUGAAACAUCAAUGAAAUCAAAAGUUAUGCCCAAAGAUGUAUUUUUAGGUUCAGAGCCCCCUUCGCGUCUGGAUUUGCAGAGCCAUUAACUGCCCCUCCCAUGAGAUUUUCCAGCAUGCCUUCCGUCGUUGGGGUGUGGAUUUUUUCUGGAAUAACCCAAUAACAGUUAGUAAAUUAUAUCAGUUUCGAUUUUUGAUUUCAGAAUAGGUGUUAACAACAUAGAGAAGGUAGUUUCACCACUGGUAGAGAAAGGGCUCAAAUCUGUGUUAUUAUUUGGAGUUGUCACAAAACUAGACAAGGUACAUUGCUGCUUAAAGGAGCUGUGUCACGAAAUUCAGACAAAUUACUAGGUAAUUACAAAAUGCCCAUUAAAUUAAGAGAAACAUAAAAAUAACCGCUUAAAACAUUAAAGGAAGUUUAAAAUAACACAACAGAAACAGCAGAUUCCACGGAUGGGCAAAACUGAAGAAGACUGAAAUGGAUUGAAAUUAGGGUUUUUGAAAACUGUUCAGCCCAACAGUUUUUCAAAGUUGAUCCCUGCUGCUUGCAAUUUCAAAAAUAAUGCUGAGGAGACAUAUUUGUUUGUCUCAGAUCUCUGAUUUUGUCAUUUACUUGUAAUUUAAUUCUUUGCUUACUUUAAGUUCCAUAGGGAUUGAGGGCGAGUAAUUGGCAAAAUUAAACAAAAUAAGCUAGACUGCUGUGACACAGCCCCUUUAAGGUGAUUCCCUGGUUUUGCAUUGCGCAUCUGUUACUGCGCAUAACAAGAUGGCUGCCAUAAAAAAGAGCAUGUGAAGUAACAUUAAUUAAAAUAAAGUUGACUGAAGAGAAACGCUAUUGGAAUUUUUGCGUGGGGUUAUUUCUUGCUGAGGUGAGACUCAAUGUGUUGGGAAUGUGCAUAACAUAAGCAGUACAAGUGUUGCUGAGUUCAACUUCCUCACGGAGAGCCACGCGUACGAUAAUAGAUGUUUAACUUGUGCUUACUCACUUUGAUUUUCAUUUAAACACUUUUUUUAUCACAUUGUGUCCUAAAUGUGAUUUUCUCCAUGUAAAUUCUGUAAAAACGGAUUUUUUAAUACUUUCUUGCCCCUUUCACAUACAUUCUAUUUUGAAACUCGCCCCAGUCCUCUCUCAAAAAUCGGAGAAAAUGCAUUUGGUACGCACUUUCUGCCGCUCUACCGCAAAAAUGAGUACGGUAACCCCCAUUUUUUAUUUCAUGAUUUAAAUAAGGACAGUGCUUCCUUUCGAUGAGAAAAAAAACGGCUCAAAUCUAUGUUCAAUUUUUUGGCAAUUUACUAAAUUGUACGGAUUGAGCUAUCAUGGGUCGAAUAGCGCGUGCCUAAUUUAAUUCUAUUUUGAAGCGUAAAGUAAAAACAAAGGCAUUUUUCUGGUAUGUAAGUGGAUAAACAAUACAUUAAAGUCAAUUUCUGUGCGAUAUCAUGUGCAUCAUCGAAAAAAUCUCUCCUUUUUGUCUAGUUUUGGGCUGCAAGCAGUUUUUGUCAAAGGGUCCUAAAUAGCCAUAUUUGUCAGCAUUGUGACGUCAAAACGAGCAUGGUGACCCCCGCUUUUUAUUACUUUUUUAUCAUCUAUCAUUAGGUUCUUUUACUAAGGAAUCACCUUAAUUGUUAUUCUUGUAGAAAGCUGCUCCUGGAAUGAAACAUAAAUAUUGUUCCUUUGAUAGCUGCAGAAGUAACAUUAAGGGUUGUCUAUCUCCUUUAGAGUGAGACUGGUCAUAACGCAGACAGUGAUGUAUGUCCUGCUAUCCUAGCCACAAAAAAGCUGCAUUCAUUGUACCCUGAUCUACUUAUCUGCUGUGACGUAUGUCUUUGUCCAUACACAAAUCAUGGCCAUUGUGGUAUGUUCACAGGAGAUGUUUUCAAUGUAACUUUGCUAAUAACAUAUUGCCUUUUAUUUUAAAGGAAAAAUGAUGUUUUCUGCAAAGUUUUCAAUGUAAAUUCUUAAUUAUUUUAUAUUUUCACCAGGCAUUCUUAACAAAGAUGGAUCUAUCAACAAUCCAGAAAGUAUCAAGAGACUUGCCGAAGUAUCUUUGGCUUAUGCCAAAGCAGGUAUGAAGAUUUUGCAGACACUUUAUUAUUUUUUGUGGAGCUUUUAGUUUAAUGUAUUAAUUCCAUAUGAUUUUCCGAAAAACUUUAUCUUCUGUUAAUCUUUUAUGCACUGUUUUUUUUCUUCCCAUACAAUCUUUAAUCAUUUUAAUCAGUGACAUGUAAAAUUAAAAUAUUUCCUACAUGUAAAUUGAGUGGCCUUCCAAGAUUAGCUGUAGCUACCUGCAGGCCUGUGCACUCUUGUAAAACACAAUAAGGGAAAUAAAAUGUUGUUGUUGUUAUUGUUUGUUAUAAAUACAUAUGCAGCAUCUAGACUAGUAACCAGAAGGGCAUAAGUUCCACUCCUGUUGGGAGUAAUUGGAUUUUUUCCUCCAAACCACCUGCGUCAUUGACUGAAAAACGUCUUUCUUAUGUCCUGUUUCUUUUACUGUACACUGUAGGUUGCCAUGUAAUAGCACCAUCUGACAUGAUGGACAAUAGAAUAGCUUCCAUAAAGGACAUUUUACAUAAGAAUGGCUUUGGAGGCAAGGUAUUAUACUAACUAUCUUAUGUUUGUUUACCCUAGAACAAGUUAUUCUUCUUCUUGUUUUUUUUUCACAAUGGCCAGCCAUUUUAAGAAAGGUGGAAUAAUAUCUUGCAUAGGGCAGUUUAAAAGCUUGAGCCACUACCAUGUUGUCCUUUCCUUCUGAGAUGAUGAGCAUCUCUAUUUCAAAUGGAAGUCCACCCCCUAGGUUUCGAAUCAGCUGCCUCCCAACAAGGCGUCGAAACUGACUAACUUUUUUCAAGACAAUUGAUAAAAAAAAGUACAAUUAACACUGGUUAGUGCUAUUGUGACAUUUCCAAAAGUUUAUUCUAUUCUGUUAUGAAUGACUGAUCAGUAAAUUGUUUUGGUUUCGUAUAUAGGUUGCAGUAAUGAGCUACAGUGCAAAGUUUGCCUCCAGUUUUUAUGGUCCUUUUAGGUUGGUUACAAAAUGUAAUAUAUUAUUAGUCAAUAAGUGUUAUCAUUUGAUAAUACUAUUAUUAAUUAAAUGUACAGUGAAACAAGCUGGGCAGACUGUGCCUAAUGAUGUGUUGUAAGAUGUGAAGGAGGCAGUUUUUCACCUUCUAUACUUUUCCCAAAGAAAUAAAAACUCAUUUGUGCAACUUUCAUCAGUCACCGUACAAUCCCACAAUCACAGAACUGUAAGCGCACACUUAAUGGAGUAUUUUCUCAAAAAGUUCCGCUUCCUUCUAUCAUCUCACUUCUAACUUACUAUCUAUUGUCUUGACAUUUGAAUGACUCCGUAAGCAUUCCUUUUCAUUUCCACAGUAGUAGUAUAGUCAUUAACUAUGAAGAACGUGUAGCUACUAUAUAAACACGUAAGACUACAGUUACACAGUAGGCAACGACUGAAUUGUCUGGAUGUGUUUAUGGUGGUACCAUGGUAAUCAAUUCUCAGUACGUAAAUGUACUCAGUUUCAUACACUGUAGUUCUCAUUACUUCCAGAGAUGCAGCUAAGAGUGCACCAGCCUUUGGUGACAGAAGAUGCUAUCAGCUGCCACCAGGAGCUAGGGGCCUUGCAGCUAGAGCUGUGGUAAGUUCUAGUAGGCAAUUGCAUUUAAAGUAUCUACGCAAGCACGUCAUUCAACCACCCCAUCCGAUCCCCCCGUAAUCGUAACAGUAUACAGGACACAUCUAUGUGAAACUUGUACAAAUGACCAAACUCAUCAUCAGUUCUCAGUUACCAGUACCAAGUGGCCAAAGAUCUUAAUGGUGCACAGAAAGUCAUAGGUUCAGCUUCUUUCAGGACACAGCUUAUUUGUUUCUCUUUCACUUGUGACAAGCUGAAUAUUCGAUCCUUUUGUUUCAUGAUCAAGGUCAAGGUUUACAUCCUUCUUUUUUGUUUCUUUCAUAUUUUAUUGGUCAAACAAUUUCUGUUAAUCCAUAUCAAGUUUUAAGCAUUGAUAGAGAUUUGAUUCUGCCUGGCUUUCUUCAACUAGCAUAAAGCAUAGCCUAGAUGUUCUUUUUACCAGAAGCAUAUCACCCCUUAAAUGCUUCUGCUUGUUACCAAUAUGGUUGUUUAGGAGCGGGAUGUUCAAGAAGGUGCAGAUAUGGUCAUGGUGAAACCUGGGAUGGCAUAUCUUGACAUCGUGAGACAGACGAAAGAUAAGGUACCAUGAAGCUUUUAUAUUGUUGAUUGUCAAUGAGAACUGUUUCCUUCAGAGAUCCCAGGGGUUUUGAGAACUUUGUCAUCUACUUUACUAUCAUCAUCAGUGAUUCAAGAUUAAUGCCAAUUUUUAGUGACUGGGUUCCCUCUAAAUACAGUGUAUAUGAAAACCUAAAUUUCUCAACAUUUGGGGUCCUAAAGGAAAACUUACUGUCAUACUACCCAGCUGUAAACACCUCAGAUAACUGAAAAAUGUUUAUUGUACUAUGACAAAUUACAAUAAAGGUCAGGACACACGAACUACCAACAAAACCACAAGCUAAUUAAUGUUGUUGCCUGUGGUUUAGUCUUCCCACAUGUGAUUCGCUUUUUCCUUUAUGGCUAUUUGUUUCACUGGGUAACAUGUGUUUAGUUGCUAUUGAAAACCAUUCCUUUUGAACACCUUUCUUGUAUUCCUGCAGACGACACCACCAACUCAAUCUUGGGUUGAGAAUGUACAGUGAUUUUUGCUCAAACCUAUUUCACUGUGUUUGCUCGCUAGAGUAGAAUGCGGGAAAGGUCGGUUGGGUCUUCAGAUUGAGGUCUUUUAUUUAUUUACUUUUUUGUUUGUUUUGAUGUGCAGUAUUAUUUGUAUCUAUUAUCAUAUUAAUAAUUAUAUUCAAUUCAAAAUUAUUAUUUUCUUUUUUAACUCCCAUUUCUCUAUAGUUUCCUGAUAUACCUCUAGCAAUUUAUCAGGUGUGUAGACAGUACUUUUAUAGGUCAUUAAUAACGUUAACAAUGGCCAGUCCUUUAUAUACAUUGUAGGUCAGAUGACCACAUAAAACUGAAUGGCUGCUACCAGUGUAAUGUAUAAAACAUGGCAUUGUUAAUAACACAUUAAAUUGAAGCUUUUGUGAUGCACUAUGCGCAAAGAUAAUUUUUCCUGACUCAAGGGUUAUAUCAGAAAUGAGAUAAAGUUAGUUUUAUAACCUGUGGGAAAUCACCUGAAUCCCCCUGUUUUUUAUAAACCCACUGUUAUGGACAAAAGAAGAUGGAAUGGGAAACAUUGAAGACAUCUGGAAGUAAUCCCCCACUAAAAUACCCCUUACCUUUUACAUUCUAGGCACCAUCCCCUCAGUAACACCCUUUUUUCCAACUAAAUUGAUAAACCUGCAUUAAUUUUAUGUUUCACCUCUAACAUGGAUUUGAACAAGUGUAAAACUUGAUACUGUUUUGAUGCAAGAUGAUUAAACUGCUGCAGGUUUCAGGGGAGUAUGCUAUGCUGUACCAUGGAAGCAAAGCUGGAGCAUUUGAUUUAAAAAAAAUAGUGAUGGAAUGUCUUACAUCAAUGAGAAGAGCAGGUAAAGCUAUGCGCAAGCGGACGCAACAACUGCCAACAUUGUUCCACCCACAAUGUUGGGAGUUGUUGCCUGCUUUUUGGCAGUGGUGUGCAAACGGAUGCAACAACUCCCAACAAUGUUGGGACCUGCAGUGCAUCGUGGGAAGGAUACAACCCAUAAGACUGUACACCAUGUGUAAGUAAUGCGCAUGUGUGGCCUUAAUAUUGUUGGAAGAGCUUUGCAAAUGGAUCCAACAUUGUUGCGCUACGCUUUGGAGAUCACGGAACAAAAGAGAUGUUGGGAGUUGUUGGCUGAACAGUUUGACUGGUUUCAAACUUUGCGCAACAAUAUGUAACACGGUGUGCAAACAGAGGCAACAUGUAACAUCCAACAAUGUUGGGAGUUGUUGGCCAACAAUGUUUCGUCUGUUUGCACGCAGCCUAAGUCUUAAAUAAAACGAUGUUCUAUUUUAUGCAGUAAUGGGUUUUAAGCAAAGGUAUCAUAGAGGGGUGAUUAGUGAGCUUUCCAUUGAGGAGGGGAAGAUUGUCUCAGCACCCCACAGAGUUCUGUCCUUCAUUGGCUCUGCUUUCAUACAGUACAUACGGUAGAGCAGGGCUAAGGCCAUUUGAGAGAUUAAGAAUAAUGCAAAAAAUAAUACACUUUUUUGGAAACAUCAAAAGAAACCAAAUAAUUACAUGGUGAAUACACUUUCAAAUGUCAUCUAUUUUUACUUUUUAGGUGCAGAUAUCAUCAUCACUUAUUUUGUUCCUCAAUUGCUGGACUGGUUAAGUGAAAACUGAGGAUCAGCUGGGCAAAUGGAAAACAGAUAAUGGUCAUGUCAGCUUGGCACCACAAGAUACACUCACAUAACUCACCUUUCUAACAUAUAAAAUCAGUAGUUAGGCUGUUUUAAUGAUAUUU